AUGGCAUCCCGUAGGUGUCCUUUCAAGCAAUUCAUUCGCAAUGUGCGGUCGGCCAAGACAAUCGCCGAUGAACGAGCAGUCAUCCAAAAGGAGAGCGCGGCCAUCCGUGCGUCUUUCAGGGAAGAGAGCCACGAUUCGGGCGUCCGGAGAAACAAUGUGGCCAAGCUGCUGUACCUAUUUACACUCGGUGAACGGACGCAUUUUGGUCAGAUCGAGUGUCUGAAGCUAUUGGCAUCCCACCGCUUCGCCGACAAACGGCUGGGAUACUUGGGAACCAUGCUGUUGCUCGAUGAGAAUCAGGAAGUGUUGACGCUGGUAACGAACUCAUUAAAGAACGAUCUUAAUCACUCCAAUCAAUACAUUGUCGGUCUCGCCCUCUGCGCCCUCGGCAAUAUCGCCUCCGUCGAAAUGUCCCGAGACCUGUUCCCGGAGGUCGAAAGCCUAAUGUCUACUGCGAACCCUUACAUUCGGAGGAAGGCUGCAUUGUGUGCCAUGCGCAUCUGUCGCAAGGUCCCGGACCUGCAGGAGCAUUUCUUUGAGAAGGCCAAGACGCUACUGUCGGACAGGAAUCACGGUGUUCUGCUGUGCGGUUUGACGCUGGUGAUCGACAUGUGUGAGGCUGAGGAGGCGGAAGAAGGACAGGAGGGUGUGAUCGAGAUGUUCCGGCCCUUGGCCGGUGGUCUCGUCCGCGCCCUGAAGGGGCUGACCACCUCUGGAUACGCCCCGGAGCAUGAUGUCUCCGGAAUCACGGACCCCUUCCUCCAGGUCAAGAUCCUGCGCCUUCUCAGGGUCCUAGCCAGAGGAGAUGCGGCAACCAGCGAGUUGAUCAACGACAUCCUGGCCCAGGUGGCUACCAACACAGACUCGACCAAGAACGUCGGAAACUCUAUCCUUUAUGAGGCAGUUCUCACGAUUCUCGACAUCGAGGCUGACUCGGGACUGCGGGUCUUGGGUGUGAACAUCCUCGGAAAGUUCCUUACGAACAAGGACAACAACAUCCGCUAUGUCGCCCUCAAUACGCUGAACAAGGUCAUCGCCAUCGAGCCCAACGCCGUUCAGCGGCACCGCAACACCAUCCUGGAAUGUCUCCGUGACCCGGAUAUCAGUAUCAGAAGACGUGCCCUCGAUCUCAGCUUUAUGUUGAUUAACGAGAGUAACGUGCGUGUUCUUGUUCGGGAGUUGCUCGCCUUCCUGGAGGUUGCCGACAACGAGUUCAAGCCGACCAUGACUACCCAGAUCGGUAUUGCUGCGGACCGGUUUGCCCCCAACAAGCGCUGGCAUGUCGACACAAUCCUCCGGGUACUCAAGCUUGCCGGAGCCUACGUUAAGGAGCAGAUCCUAUCGUCCUUUGUUCGUCUGAUCGCCACGACGCCGGAGCUGCAGACCUACUCUGUGCAGAAGCUCUACCUGUCGCUGAAGGAAGAUAUCACACAGGAAGGUCUCACUCUGGCCGCUACCUGGGUCAUUGGCGAGUACGGUGACAACCUCCUUCGUGGAGGUCAGUACGAGGAGGAGGAACUAGUCAAGGAGGUCAAGGAAAGCGACAUUGUUGACCUCUUCACCAACAUCCUCAACAGCACAUCUGCCACGCCAACAGUGGUGGAAUACAUCACCACGGCCUCCAUGAAGCUUACCGUUCGCAUGUCUGAUCCGGCACAGGUUGAGCGUCUUCGCCGCUUCCUGAACGGUCGGACUGCCGACCUGAGCGUUGAGAUUCAGCAGCGGGCUGUCGAGUACACCAACCUGUUCGGCUACGAUCAGAUCCGUCGGGGAGUCCUGGAACGCAUGCCCCCACCUGAGAUCCGCGAAGAACAAAGAGUCUUGGGUGCGCCUACCAAGAAACGUCAGAGCAAGAUCCUGAAAGACAAGUCCAAGAAGCCCGCGAAGCAGGCGGAACAGGACAUGCUUCUGGACCUCAUGGGCGGCGACGCCCCCGAAACCAACUCUACGCCCAACGGAUCCCAGAACACGGCCGAUCUGUUGGCCGAUAUUCUUGGUGGCGACUCCGGCCUCUCCUCGCCCUCCCCUCAGCCCGCCGCACAGAAGAGCGCCAUUAUGGACCUCUUCAACGCCAAUGGAAGCACGCCCUCUCCCGGUCCCACGGAGCCUGCGUCAUCAGGCUUGGAUCUCCUGGCUGGUCUUGGAUCUUCCGCGUCGCCAGCCCCCGCGCCCGCUCCUUCGGCGGUCUCUGCUCACACAGUAUUCAACAAGAACGACCUCGCCCUUGCGCUCCAGGUCCAACGUGGUAGCGGUGGCAAUGCACAGAUCCAGGCUCGGUUCCGAAACGUCUCGGGCUUUGCGCACUUUUCCAACGUUGGCCUGCAGGCUGCUGUGCCCAAGAGCCAGAAACUGCAACUCAGUGCGAUCAAUAAGGCCGAUCUUGAUGCCGGCGAGGAAGGGAUCCAGAUGCUGAAAGUUGCAUCCCUCAAUGGGGCCCUCCCACCGAAACUCCGUCUCCGUCUCCGUGUCACAUACGCCAAGGACGGCUCUGAUCCUGUAACCGACCAGGUUGACUGGAGCGAGCCAUGAACGUCUGAUCCAACCGGAGGAAGAAACCGACCACCUACAACCGCCACCGUAAUUACGCUAUAACCCUCCCCAAGACAGUCCGUCUAAUCAAUCUACCUUAGCAACGUGAGCCAGUAUCCCAGCGCCGCCGUUGUAUUGGAUGGGAAAAUGAGAGCAAGCAAACCGCAGGGAAGACCACGACCCAACCAUCCAUAUUCCUCUCCUCCCCCCCCUCCUCCCCACAUACAUGCAUGUCCAUACAUACCCGGUUGGUUUCUAGCUCUCUCUCUAUUCUCACCUGUCGCUUUUAUAUCACCCUCUUCUUCUUUUUUCUAUUUCUGUGUAAAUGCUUGAUGUUGCCAAGACACGCGGGGUGGCCGUCCAAUGUAAGCCGGAGUUCCAAUAAAAAAGAACCCAUCACUAAGUACUAG